AUGCCUCAUGCAAAAUUUGUGGUCCCAGCAAAUUUAACGCUUCGCCAAACACUGAAUUUGCUGUUUUCUAUCGUCGAAAGUCAAUUCAAGAAUUGCCAGGAUAGCAUUCGAGUAGCAGGAAGCGAUGUGUCCUUGCUGGAAAAGGUUCCGAAAGCGUUAUCCCAUGUUCGGUCUUAUCUGGAAGAGGGUCUGAACCAGAUAGAAAACAGUUAUAAAAUUCAAGAUAUAUUCUCGCUGAAGGACUCCGACGUGAUAGAUAUUGUGGGUGAUUUGCGGAUUCUGGACCACGACAUCAAAAAGAGUCGUGUAGUAGUAGAAGCUCGUCUCAAACCAGAUUCUAGUGCCAAAUUGUCCUCUGCAGCAAAUACUAGCGGCCAUUUCUCGCUGUCAAGUCUGCUCAAGAAGACAAGAAUCUCGACCCGUAAAGAGGAGUCGAGGCGGACCAAAGAGCUGCGAGAGACGCAAGAGGUUCAGAAACUCAAAAAGCUGAGACAUGAGGAGCAAGAUAGGAUUUUGAAGGAAAAGCAGCAUCAGGACAAAAUCUUGGAAGAGGAAAAGGCACGGAUGCUUGAGAUAACUGUAAAACGCCAGGUGGAGCAAGAAAUGGCAAGCCGAGCGAGUCGAGAAUCGAGUGGGGCUGUGCCAAAGGGGAAAAAAGCUCAUCAACAAUCAACUUUCGAAAAACCCAAAGCACCCUACGAACGGACUUCGAUGGAUGUAAGAAGGUCGCUGCGCCGAUCAGCAGAUGAAAUGCGGAGACGUAGUCUCGAUGGAGGUGCGAGAGCCAAAAACGCAGCAGUCGCUGCACACAGUCGCCAGGCUUCAGACACCAAUCUUGCCUAUGCAGGAAACGUUAGCCGUGCCGCGAACCUAGCCUGGUCUCAAAUGAAUCCACCCGCUGAGAAGACUAGAAAGUCAAUGAUCCUUUCAGAUACGGGAUCUUCUGUGACUCCUAAGCCGAGAUAUGAGUAUGUGCAACCUACGAUAAAGAGACCCACCAUAAAAAUACCAGGGAAGAGCAUCCCGCAUCGAAAGCAAGGCGUAGAGGACAGAAACGAGAGACCCCGGGCCCGUGAAAGAGAUACUAAGGUCCGUUCGCCAAGAUCGCCAAUGUCUCCUCCAUCCCGCUCUUUCUCGCCCGAUGUCAAGUCGCAACGCUCGGUGACACCGGAUGUUGAAUUGUCACCACAAGAGAAGAAAGUCAGCGACGUUAUGCGAACACUCGAAGGUGUGGAUGAGGAAGCCUGCCAGCACAUUGUAAACGAGAUACUGGUUUUGGGGGAGAAAGUCUACUGGGACGACAUUGUCGGUCUAAACAACGCGAAAAACUCCCUCAAAGAAACAGUAGUGUACCCUUUCUUAAGGCCGGACCUUUUCAAAGGGCUUCGAGAACCGGUUUCUGGUAUGCUGCUCUUUGGGCCUCCGGGAACAGGUAAGAGCAUGAUAGCGAAGGCAGUUGCCACGGAAUCACAGUCCACGUUUUUUAGCAUAAGCGCAUCGUCAUUGCUUUCGAAGUAUUUGGGAGAGUCUGAAAAACUGGUUCGAGCUCUGUUCUACUUGGCCAAGAGACUCUCGCCUUCGAUUAUUUUCAUCGAUGAGAUUGAUUCGUUGUUGACUUCGCGAUCAGAUAACGAGAACGAGUCGUCAAGAAGAAUCAAAACCGAGGUUUUGAUACAGUGGUCUUCGCUGUCAAAUACCACGGCCAGAGAAAGAGAGGAGGGACAUUUAGAAUGCGGUCGUGUCUUGGUCUUAGCAGCGACUAAUCUACCGUGGGCCAUCGACGAAGCAGCGCGCCGGCGGUUCACUAGAAGACUGCAUAUCCCGUUGCCAGAGCGUGAAACCAGAAUCGCACAUCUCAAAAAGCUUCUGACCUUCCAGAAAAAUACAUUGACAGAGCGAGAUUUUGAAAUCGUGGGUAAGCUUACAGAGGGAUACUCUGGAUCUGAUAUUACUGCAUUGGCGAAAGACGCUGCCAUGGAGCCUAUCAGAGAACUGGGCGACAAACUGAUAGACGUCGAUUUCAGCAAAAUUAGAGGCAUCAAUUUGCAGGAUUUCCAAAACGCUUUGCUGACUAUAAAAAAGAGCGUAUCACCAGAUUCCUUGUCGAGAUUCGAUGAGUGGGCUGCGAGUUUUGGAAGCCAUGGUGCUUAA